CAUUCUGUUCCAGCCCAACCAGCAAGCUUGCAGUUACUGUGGUGAGGCAAAGAGCACUGAGAUGUGACCAGAUUACAGAGGCCAUUGAGAGAACAGCUCUAUCACCAGUGCAUCUAUUGUCAUCUGCCAAGAAUUUGCCAUUCUCCCUGCAGAGCUAUUAAUACGGAUAACUUUGCAUCAUUGUGUGUAUGUCAGACCGUAGCAUUGGGGUGAAAGCUCUACCUCACCCUUUUGUUGAUGCUUAGCGCUUGGAUAACUGAAAGUUCGUCACAAGGGCAAAACAGACUACCGCAAUAUAAAAAGAGCAGGUACUGUAUGUUGAGAAACUCAGUGUUGUAGAAUACAUUAGGCUUCCUAAGCUACAGCAUUAACAUAUGAGAAGCUUUUGCUGUAGCUUAUAACUACAGGAUUCAUCUGAGCAACUGACUUCAAACAUGCCUCGUCCUUUAUUCAAACGGAAUGGCAGCUGGGACUUUACCAGAGACUGGCCCAAGUCAAGCCUUUUAGAUCAGUGCACUGGACCACCCUUUUUUCUUAAUUCAGGCGAAAAUGACUGGCUGGAUUCAGCAAGGAAAACACUGGAAACAUCGCCUUGGCCUGGAUUCCUGUGCUUCCCUCUAGUAUCUCCUGUUUGCCAAGAAAUCUCUCCUUCAUCUGGAGUAGGACAACAAAGGCAGAAAGUGUCACAAGCCGAAUGUGACAGCAAGACCUGGAAGAUCUCUCUGGACGUCAGUCAUUUUUGUGCAGAGGAGAUCGGUGUCAAAACUAAUGAGGGCUACUUGGAGAUAACAGGGAAACAUGAGGAAAGACAAGAUGAACAUGGAAUUAUUUCCAGAAGCUUUACAAGAAAGUACAAGCUGCCAGCAGAGGUUGAUCUGCAUCAGAUGAGUUCUACACUUUCUCCAGAAGGGAUUCUUUCAGUGGAGGCACCUUUUGGUGCCUUUUCAAUCACCUCCUCGACAGAGACAGUUAUCCCCAUCCAGAUGCAGCAGAAGCAGUAGGUUUAUUCAAGCAUGUAAGGGUGACCAGCAUUAUUGCUUGAACAUUUCUGAAGUGUGAUUUUGUGAAUUCAUUUCUGUAGUGUUGACUUUUUUUCUGCUUUGUCUGAAAACAUUUGAACUAACUGUUUGGGUACUAAACAGACGUAACAAUCAUUGUGUAUACAUCAGAAUUAUUUAUAACCAUCUGGACAUAUAAAUUUCAUAUUCUAAAUAUUAUAAAGUUAUAAUUAACAUAUUUUAUCUUAAUUUUGUAGUGUAACAUACCGGAUUACUGUAAAGGUGUUAUC